AUGAUAGGAAUUUCAAAUGGCUCACUAAGAGUAAUAUUGAUAGGAAUAGCUGGAAUUAUAGGAAUAGCCUGCAUGACUGUAAUGGGAAUGUAUUUAUUCUCUUCAAAAGAGGAUGAAAGCAUACACCAACCUCAUGCGGAAAGGCAAGGAAGUAGUGGUCUAAAGGGUUUUUAUGCGUCAAAGCACGUCAGAUCCACUUUGAAAACUUUUGAACAAAACGGCUCUAGUAUUGAAUACAAUGAAUUAGACUAUACUACUAGAAGCUCAAAAUUAAAGAAUGAACAAGAAUUGCCUCAAGGCGAUGAAAGAAAAGUAACUGACCAGAGCAGUAGUUCUAACCAUGUGUACUUAAGUGCGCAAAAUGGUGAUUAUAAGAAGGAAACCUUUGUUGGACAAAAAGGAAAUAAUGAUGACUCAGUAUACAGUACAGACGCUGCUUCUGAAAGUAGCAAUAUCUCACAAAUAAGUACUCCUCCCCAUAAGAUAGAUCCUACUAGACAGAUGGUUGAUGAGUCUUCAUCAAAACCACCCCAUGCUACUAAGGAAUCAUCCAGUGAUACUAGACACCCACCCCAUGAUACUAGACACUCACCCAGUAAUACUACGGAAGAAUAUACUUCUUGCCACAGUACACAACGCGGUCCUCCACAUAAAUUGAAGAUUACAGAUUUAUUUACUUAUCUGGAUAAUGCAGAAAAAUAUAACCAAAAUAAUAAUUAUCUUAAAAAAGCAAUUGAUAAAUGGUAUCCAACUAUUCUACAUCGGAAUAGUGCAUCUGGAUGUAGCCUGAAUGAUAAUCUGAGUAAGGGUAUAAAAAUUGGUAAUGCCUUACCAUAUCGUACAAUGCCAUUAUCUACUAAUGAUAAAACCAAAAUUAUAGAUAUACUAUGUAAAUUGCCUGAUUUUGACAUGAAUUCUAGCCAAAAUGGAUAUAAAGUUUUAAAUGCUAUUAUGUCUUUUGGUAGUAAUUUCGUAGAGAGAAAAAGCAAUAUUGACUAUUUAGCUAAAAUGCUCGAAGUGACAGAUUCUAAGGAUUUCUCUGCUGAAGAGCGUAAAGUAUUUGGUAGUUCUAAAAAUAUAAAUAAUAUAACUAUGUUAAGUGAGCUUCUAAGAAAAUCGGAAGUGUAUUUUCCAAAGACAUAUGAGAGUUAUAAAGAUUCGGAAGAGUUUAAAAAUGAUUGUUCAUAUAUAGAAUAUACAGUGGGAGAUGUUUUUAUAGAUAAUAUGCAAUAUUUUGAACUUGACUCAGAAAUGAAUAAUGAUAACUUGUUUAAAAUACUAGAAACUAAUGCAAACGGCAAAGAUUCAUUAAUUGCUGCUAUUAUGUUAAUUUUUAGUAUUCCAGAAAUUAGGAGUGAUCUUACAUUUGUAAAUGUAUUUUUCAAAGCCGUAAACAAAACAAUUUUUCAAAAUAUAAAUCAAACGGAUCUGAAUGAAAAAUUAAAACAGAUGAUAGGACCGAGAUCUUUUGAAGUCAAUGUAUCUAGUUUCUUGGACAUAUUCAUGUCGUUAGCAUGUAUAGUAGGAGCAGAGUAUUCGAGUGAAAAUGAUGUUGCGAAUAAUCUCCCUGCUAUUUUAAGCAGAAUAGAAAACACUAUAUCUAUCAAAAAUGCUUGCCUGGCAUAUGAACAUUUGGUUUUCGUGAUGAGAGUUGUCUAUACAAUAAUUCCUCACUAUAUUUUUGGUGUUAAAAUGCGCGGAAAACAAAUAUUCAGACUACCAUCGUGUAGUCUUUCUAUUGCUAAUAUUAAAGUAGAAAAGACUAAUGAUACUGAAAAGUACAAAUUAGAAAAUUUCGAGCUACGUGGUGCGUCUAGUUAUAUUUCUAUUAGUCGUACUCCCAAUAAUUUUAAUCCCGAUGAAUUUAAUUUAGAAUUGACUGAUCGUGAUAUUACCACUGUUUCCCUACCAUACUUCUCUGUUAUUUUUGUAGAUAAUAGAGAGCACCGCCGUAAACCUCUUUAUCUCCCAUAUAGUGAAAUUUUCUAUAACCUAGAAAACACUAAAGCGUGUAUAUCAAGGGUAUAUAAUCUAGAUAUAGAAAACAUUCACAUAUUCUUCUAUUCCAUAGCUAAUAAAACAUGGUCAUCUUAUGAACAUGUUUAUACUACAGAUAAUAGUACCCAUAAUGGAUAUGUUCCAGUGUUCUACUAUAUAGAAAUCCCUAAUGGUGUAGAUUUAGAUAAAUGCUCACUCUUAAUGAUAACUAAGGAAGAUAAAGAUCAGACUGACGAUUCUGUAAUUGCACUUCCCUUAUUCCUAAAUCGUCUUUACCAAGAUAUUUUAGAAGAAGAGCUCGAUGAUUUGCCAACAUUUACUAAUGAUCACAUUGUUACCGGAUUAAACUUUAAAGAUGUGGCUCCAUGCAAUUUUGAAUUUAAAGUUAAAAAUCCCGAUUUAGAUUCAAGAAGGGUAUAUAAGGGACUAUCAUUCAAAAUCAACACAGAUGUAGAGCUAGAGAUUCCAUCAACUAUGGAUCUUGAUCAUGUAUUUGUCUAUAACACAAGUGCUAUCAGUAAUGAUCCUAAGAAUUUGGAUACUCGAAAUUUAUUUUUUUUUACAGUGCCUAUUCGGGAUAAAUAUGCUAAUUUUUACUUCAGUCUUAAUGGAAGUGUUUUAAAUACGUUUUCAUAUAGAAACUCUAGUGUCUAUACUCCAUUUGGCUCUAUCUCUUAUAGCCGGAAAUAUACUAAUUGUUCCCUUUCGUUAGUUAAGAAAUCAGAAAAUGAUGAAGGUUAUAUCUAUCAGUCUUUAUUUUCUUCUAGGCCCACUGAAAACCCUACUACUGAUGGCAAGGAAGAUACUACAGAAAACGAGAGUACUCUCAUAGAUUCAAGUUUACUUAUACGUGCGGAUUCUUAUGACAUUUUGUAUGAUUCAUUCCUUCUAUCAUGUUUGCUUGCAAGGCUUGUUUCUUUAGCUUAG